AUGCAGCCUGACCGGCUGAUCCACGCCCUCACUAUAAUCAUACAGAUACUCAUCAGCCUUGUUCUCUUCGCCAUCGUCCUCCCCUUCUUCAUCCUAUGGCGUGUCCCAAUAAGCCUCCUCUACUUCACCAAGAACGAAAAGCCACAGGAAAAGAACGCAGACCAAGAGAGAGAAAGGCUGCAAGGCCUGCCAGCGGACGAGGAAGAAGAAGAACCGAAACCACCCCCACCACCAGACCUCCACGAGCGCGCCCUCGCACCCUACACACAACAAUGGACAGCCUUCAAAUCACGCCCGAUCAACCAACCCCUCGUAGCCCACUGGUCACGCGUCGCGUGUCUAUCCCUCCUCACAAUACAAACCACGCUCACCCUCGCCCUCCUCGAAAAGUCGCUCGUGUAUCACAUCCCCUGUGAGGAUAUCCUCUUCGAGCAGCCUGGAGACACGGCGGGUGGGUAUCAAGAUCCGGUCCAGCAAACGCCGCCUGUAGCGGUCCAGCCUCCGGCACCGGCGGCAAGGUUUGAUAAGAACCCUUAUACUUUGGCUGGUAUUGCGUCGAUCUGGACUGGUCAGAAGGAGAAGAUGAAGGGUGGCUACGACGGAAGAGACGUCAGGAAGCAGAACUUCGCAGACGACAUUGAGAUGGCGGAUUGGGUGGGUAGGAAGUAA